UCUGUAGUUUCCAGAACUUUCUACGGUGUUCAAGGCAGUUCCGAUCGAAUCCCACGCCGUCGCAUUCGACGCACAGUUUACUGCUACCACGGGAGUCUGCUCGCUACCCGUUCUUGGAUCCAAACCCUCAAAUCUUCUCGCGGAUCACCGAGUGAUUUGCUGGCGCGUCGGCGAUGUCGUACCUGCUGCCGCACCUUCACUCCGGGUGGGCGGUGGACCAGGCCAUCCUCGCCGAGGAGGAGCGGCUCGUCAUCAUCCGCUUCGGCCAUGACUGGGACGAGACCUGCAUGCAGAUGGAUGAGGUGCUUGCAGGGGUGGCAGAGACUGUAAAGAAUUUCGCGGUAAUCUACCUUGUUGACAUCACCGAGAUCCCGGACUUCAACACCAUGUAUGAGUUGUAUGACCCGUCGACGGUGAUGUUCUUCUUCCGGAACAAGCACAUCAUGAUCGAUCUUGGGACAGGAAACAACAACAAGAUCAACUGGGCCAUGAAAGACAAGCAAGAGUUCGUUGACAUCGUGGAGACUGUGUACAGGGGAGCUCGGAAGGGCCGUGGUCUGGUGAUUGCUCCCAAGGACUACUCCACCAAGUACCGUUACUAAGCCGUUUGUGUCUGGCUGUUCAUGUUGUGCUAUAUUUCUAGCCUACCCUGAGAAUGUCUGUAUCUUAGCGUAAAAUCCUUGAUUCGGAGUUUUCGAAUGGUUAAAACAGAAUGUAUUGUCCAUUUGGCAUGACUAAGAAAUAUUGGUAUACGUAUUGUUGAAUCUAGUACACUAUUUUGUGGAAA